CCUCUCUCUCUCUCUCGGCUCAGAAACAGAAGCAGCCGCUCUCCUCCUCCUCCUCCUAUUCCUGGCCCGCAGCAAUUAGGAUGGAGCCCGGGAAUCGGAGCCUCAUUCAAACGCGGCGCUUCUCCCCGCCAGCCCCGGAUCCGGAAGCCGCGCAAGGCGGAGCCGGACGGAUUGCCGACCAGGAGGCGGCGGCGGCGAAGGUCAAAUGGCGGCGCUGCUGGGCAGGCUCUCGCCUUGGGCUCUGGGCUCCGGAGGGCAACGUGAGUGGCGGGCGGAGGGAGCCUGGGAAGGGGUCAAGUCCCGGGAAACGGGGUGCUGGGGUGGGGAGAGAUCGGGACGCGUGCAAGAGACGGGCAGGCGGGAGGCGCCUGGUGCAAAACAUGCCGCCUCGCCGCAAUUGCUGCAAACGCAAAAGUUACUGCAAAAGCUCGUAGCCUGGGAAAGGGACUUUUAUUUUAUUAUUUUAUUGCAUUGCACUGCACUGCACUGCACUGCACUGGGAGUGUUUCCUGUUCAGAAUCGGGUAUUACUCUUCUCCCUCCCCCCCCCCCCGGCCGUUUUAAUAUCCUUCCUUCCUUCUCUCCCUCCCACCCUUUGGUGACGUUUUGCCUGUUGAGGGUUUGGGCAGUUUUGUCUGUUCGCAUCGUCGUGGGAGGUGGUUGGGAGAUUUUAUCAUCUCUUCACUCCGCCCAGUGCCGGAUUUACCUGUAAGCUAAACAAGCUAUAGUUUAGGACACGACUCUCUUGGGGGCCCCCCAAAAAAUUUAAAGGGGAAAAAAAACUGGAUGGACAUUUCCAUAAUAUAAGAUAAAAAACAAAUAAAAUAAAACCUACAUACAGCAACAGUGUUUUGUGUUGUGUAGGCGCUUAUGAUACCUAUUAGGUCAGGGGUCAGCAAACUUUUUCAGCCGGUCCACUGUCCCUCAGACCUUGUUGGGGGCCGGACUAUAAUUUGAAAAAAAAUGAACGAAUUCCUAUGCCCCACAAAUACCCCAGAGAUGCAUUUUAAAUAAAAACACACAUUCUACUCAUGUAAAAACACCAGGCAGGCCCCACAAAUAACCCAGAGAUGCAUUUUGAAUAAAAGGACACAUUCUACUCAUGUAAAAACACGCUGAUUCCUGGACCAACCGCGGGCUGGAUUUAGAUGGGGAUUGGACCAAAUCCGGCCCCCAGGCCUUAGUUUGCCUACCCAUGUGUUAGGUCCAUAAAUUACCAUAUAGCAUAUAUUCAACACAAAAAACAGCAACAAUUGGUUGUUGACAAAGGACAGCUGGGCAUAUAAAGGGCCCCAUUACCUAUAGUAGCUUAGGGCCUCAUCAAACCUAAAUCCGGCCCUGGCUCCGGCCCUGAGCUAAUGGAGUAAUUCAUUAAUAAAAGAAUGGGCAACCCUUUUUCAAUACAGCCCUCUUAAUAGGCAGGGCAGUAUGGCUAAAUUGAAUCCCAUGUAUAUGUGUGUGUGUCUAUCUAUCUAUCUAUCUAUCUACAGUGGUGCCUCGCAAGACGAAAAGAAUCCGUUCCGCGAGUCUCUUCGUCUUGCGGUUUUUUCGUCUUGCGAAACAAGCCCAUUAGCGGUUUAGCGGAUUAGCGCUAUUAGCGGCUUAGCGGCUUAACGGAUCAGCUGUUAAGCGGCUUAGCGGAUCAGCUGAUAAGCGGCUUAGCGAUCAGCUGUUAAGCGGCUUAGCGGAUCAGCUGAUAAGCGGCUUAGCGGCUUGGGAAAAAGGGGGGGGGAAGGGGAAAAAACCCGCAGGAACUCGCAAUACAUUUUUGUCUUGCGAAGCAAGCCCAUAGGAAAUUCGUUUUGCGAAGCACCUCCAAAACGGAAAACCCUUUCGUCUAGCGGGUUUUCCGUCUUGCGAGGCAUUCGUCUUGCGGGGCACCACUGUAUCUAUCUAUGUAUCUAUCUAUCUGUGGUUCCCAAGCUUUUUUUGACCAUGCCCUACCUAAGCUUCUCUAAAAUCCGGAUGCCCGUCCCCCAUGACAUAUAAUUUUUAUUAUUCAAAAGGUGAACUCCUAUUCACGUGGAAGAAGCGUAAAAGGCCAUUCACUGUUAAUAACUCAUUCUUGAAUCCCCCCCCUUAAAAAUAAAAUUGCCCCCCUGUGGGGCAUGUGCCCCAUAAUUGGGAACCACGGAUCUGUAUGUAUGCGUUCAUGGAUGGGUUUGUAUUAAGAAAUCUUCAGGACAGGCCUGUUUUAUUUUCCCAUGCAUUACACCCAGGAAAAUAAAAUAGGCCUGGCCUAACCGGGCAGAGGGCCUUCUCGGUAGUGGCACCCUCCCUGUGGAACACCCGCCUUUCAGAUGUUGAGAUAAAGAACUACAGAACUUUUAGAAGACAUCUAAAGACAGCCCUGUAUCGGGAAGUUUUUAAUUCUUGAUGCUUUACCAUGAUUUUAUAUGUGCUCUAAGCUGCCUAGAGUGGCUUAGGAAACCCAGCCAAAUGGACAGAAUAUAAAAUGAUAAAAUUAUUAUCAUCAUUGAAUUCAUUGACGCUUACAAAUGAGUGUGCUUGGGAUUCGCAGCCCUUAAUCCUACGUUUUUCUAAGAAGUUAGAUUUGUGCCAGUUAGGCAACUGAACAGGAAACUUCAGAAAUGAAAAGGAAAUGGUUGCUAAUUGUACGCAAAUAAAUCAAAUGAAGUGCCCUGCAAAAGGAGGGUUAGUAUUGCUGACUUGAAAUGGCUGUGUGUUUAUGGGCCGUUCUUUUAGAUAAGCCGCUUUUUCAUUGAAGAAAGAACCACUUGUAUGCCAAAUAUUGGUAAACAUUAAAGACUGGAUCCAACAAAAUUAUCCAACGUGUGACAUCUACUUCUCAGCCAGCCUGGAUUCUAUGCCUCUAAGGAGAGGGUGUUCCCAGUUAGCACAAUGUACCCCUCUAUUUGGGAUACACUCCCUUUUUAAAGUCCUUUCCCAGGCACUGAUGAACGGUUCUGGUGGACUCAGAAGCUUGCUUGCUAUUUUGUGACAUUUUAGUUGACCAUUUUAAAGAGACUUCAGAUUUUUAAAAAUAAAAUAAAAUAAAAGUGCAGUGUAACCAGUAGCUGUGAAUGCUAAUGUAACCUGCUUCUUCCUCUGUUUAGUUUAUUUGAUGGGUUUCUCUCUGAAAUAAACAUUUAGCAUGCAGGAUUGGCAAACAGCAGCCCAGCAGAUGAAAUCACCAUCCCUGCUGUGAAAUAAUCUUGGUGGUAUUUCAUCUCUGCUCUACUAACACCACUGGUUCAAACAUCCUUGUCUACAACAUGUGACAGUCUUUAAAAACUGUUCCAAUAACCUUUUAUAUAUAUAUAUAUAUACAUACAGGCAUUUAAUAUAUAGCCUGCAAAAAACAAAACAGCUUUUCUUCCUUUGGUAGUACAAAAGCCAGCAGUUAUUUGGCUCUGCAUCUAAAAAAUAAAAAGGUCACCCAGAGUGCUCAUAAUUGAGUUGCAGUUUGAACUGGGGACUGCUGGCUCACAGCUCAUGGUCGUCACCGCAACACUGACCAGUUCUCCCCAACCCACCCUCUCUCAACUUUCAAAAAAUGUAAAACACUUUAGUAUUCAGUGGCUGGUGUGAGGUUUCUUUCUCAGUUUAAAUAAUUGUCAGUUUAUAUCCCCCCGUUUUGAUGAGUUUUUCGUUUCUCUCUCUCUCUCUCCACAGUUUUGCCUAUUUCCCCCCUGAGUGCAGUUGCAGUGAGGUUUGCAUCUAAGAAGAGUGGAGGCAGCUCCAAAAAUCUUGGGGGAAAAAGUCCUGGGAAAAGUUAUGGAGCUAAAGUAACGGAUGGUAAGUCCCUUGUCUCUUUUUGCAGCUGCCUUUCAGUUUAUUUUUCUUGCUGCCAGCUGUCUGGCUCGCACAGGGAUGCUUUCAAGAAGGCAUAUAUUAUGAAUGUGUGUUGGCAAGACUGGCCAGUAGGUGGCAGAAUUGUACUGACCAACAACAGGAUUCUGCUGGCUUGGAAGCACACAGUACCGCUAACUGAAAUUUGUGCACGGAUAUUCAUUCUCUUUGGGAUGCAAAUUCAGGAGUUAUGCAGCAAGGGAGAGCCUCAAUAAGUGAAGUGGAAUGCACCGUCCAGUUUACAUUGCAUGUGUUACAUUGCAUGUGCACAAGGUGUGGAGAGCUCAUUCGGUAGAACACGGGACUCUCAGGAUUGCGGUUUGAGCCCCAUGUUAAGCAAAAGGCAGGGGGUUGGACUAGAUGACCCUCAGGGCUCCCUUCCAACUCUGCAAUUCCAUGAUUCUAAAACCUGUGGCCCUCCAGGUGUUGCUGAAUUACAGCUCUUGUCAUCUCUGACCAUUUGGCCAUGUUUGCUGAAGCUAAUGGGAGUUGCAGUUUGGCAACACCUAGCAGGGGACGUGCAUGGAUAGUGCUGUGUCGCCAUUACUCCCAGGUAUUGACAUCCUUAGGAUAAGCACAGGGUUUGCAGAAGUAUUAAAAGUCAUUUGGAGAGAAUGCUAAAGGAAGGCUCUGUGUGAGUGAGAGACCGAGACAGGUUUUCUAAUUUAUGUGAUCUUGCAUCAUCUGAAAUGGGCAUUCCUUCCUAAGAAAUGAGAAUAGUUUUUGUUCCGUGGAGCAAUUCCUAUUCAGCUUGCCUGCUUUCAUCACGGAAGCCGAUUUCUUCACUUCAUUGCUUCAUCUUAACACCUUUUGCAGGAAAGUUUGUCCACGCCGGCAACACAUUGGCGACACAGCGGGUGAUUCGCUGGCACCCGGGGGCUCACGUAAGUUAUUCUUUUUGCUAUUCCCAAGAGUGUUUAUAAUUGAGACUUUGCUUGUUCUGCUCCACCUUCAGCAAUCUUCCUGCUUCCUUUUUCAUUCUACAUUAUCCUGAAAUGAGCCAAGUUUCUUUAUACUAACCUUCUCUUGAAGGCUUCCAGGGGAGUUGCUUAUUCUAACAAGAAGAUAUUGGAGCCUUCUUAGUUGAAACAGCCCUCGCUUCCAAAAGUAAAGCUUUUGCAACCCUGUUUUAAGUGACAUUUGGAUUCAGUGAACAAUAUAGUUCAGCUUCGCGCACCUGAAUGUCUCGGGUACAUUGGAAAAACAUUGUUCAGUCAUGGAUCUAAAAAUAAAUGCGCAAAUUACACUGUAGCGGGAGAGCACAGCUCACAGUGUGGUAAGACAGGGGAGUUCUGCUUGCUGCACAGCCCAACUUGCAAUAUUUCGAACUUUUUUCUUUUUAAAAGAAAGGUCUAUUUGCAGAGCUCCCGAACCAUGCCAGGAAAUACCUGGGCAGAAUAGUGUAACACAUAAUCCCAAAUCCCAAUGAAGCCAAACCCAUUUGAGAUAAGUCUCAGGUGACCUGAACUUACUGUAGGCGUGUUGAAAUCACUUAUGAGCAGGUGAGGUUUGGCCAAGCCCCGUAUCUAGUGCUUUACAGCAGGUGCAUAGGCAGAUGUCAGAGAUGGGGAAUGCAGGCUGAUGGGUGUUCCAACAAUAUCUGGAGGGAUGCAGGUUCCCCCAUCCUUUACUACCGUAUCUGUUCCCUUUUCUACUGAGCACCCUGACAUCCACCAAUCAGAGCCAGGUGCAAAAUCAUGGCUGAAAGUUGAGGGAGGGAGUCAGGUGUAAAAUGGUGGUUUUGCAGCAGAGCUAAUAACCUACUGCCUCCCAGGAGGCACAAACACUGCAAUGACCUGCAUAUAAAAAUACAAAUCUGAAUCAGAGAACUUCUGGCCAAAUUUAAUAGCCCAGCUAUUAAGUAGCUUUAAUCGUUUUUUGAUGUGGUCUUUUAAAUUGUUGUGACCUGCCCUGGGAUCUUAGGGCGAAGGGCAGGCAAUAAAUCAAAUAAUUAGAAGCAUUUCUAAUAGGAAGUGUAGGGAUGAAGCCUUUUGGUUUUGCUCUUGUUCAGCACUUGAGAGCCAUAAAUGCUUGAUCAUCCAGUGAUCUACUUUUUGCCCAUCCGUAUUUUCAUAGGAGCAAGCCAAGUGGGGUGAAAGAUCCAAUGGGAAAAGUGAAUGGGAGUAGCCAGCCAGCAGUUUAAUAAGUCUUAUAUGGUCAUGAAGCGUUAUUGUCGUAUGCCAUGGCUUCCGUCUUCAUGGCAGCUCUGUGAUCAGACACCCAGUGGCUAUGCAAACAGCCUUCCUCCCAUGAGCAGAGCCAUGACUUUAGUUACCUAUGUACCAAAACACACCAAGGUGCUACCAUGUACCACUGGGCAUCACUGCUCUGCUCCAGAGUCUUAAACUUUUCUCCUCUUUUAAUUUUCCCCGUUCACCUGCUAAUAGGUGGGAAUAGGCCGCAACAAGUCACUCUACGCGCUCGAAGACGGGAUUGUGCGAUACACGAAGGAAGUCUACGUGCCGCGUCCCAGCAGCAAGGAAAGCACAGAGGUGAUCUGCCAGUUACCCAAAGGGGCUGUGCUGUACAAAACUUUCAUCAACGUCAUUCCCACUAAAGAGGUGGGGAGUUUCAAGUUGGUCAAGAUGCUCUGAGACUUUUGAGGUCUCCUGGACAACAGCAAGGAACUGGUCAGCUUUAUCCGAGCCCAGAUAUAAACAGGUCUGAAAACACUGCUGUGGUUCUGAAUGGACUUCUCCUGCUCAGUCACCUGUGGUUGGCUGCUCAAUACAUUCUAGGCACCUGGAAUGUAUUCUCAACAAAGGGGAUGUUGUUGAAAUUUCUUUUCCAAAAUAAAUGGGCAGUUCUAUCAUCUUACCAGGAGAGCUAAUUCAAGCCGAUGUUUUCAUAUGAUUAGCUCUAACGUAAUGGGAGGAUUUUGAUGGGCUGGAUUGGAGUCAGGUUCUGAACAUGAAAGUGCUACUCUGGCAAUUCUCAGAAGAUUUCACACAGCAGCCUGAACGUCUAUAAAUGCACAUGCAAUUAUUUCUCCUAAUAUUUCAACACAGGAGUGGUUUGAUGGAGGCCAUGAGCAAUGAGCCCUCUGCUACAACCUCCCCAAAUGCCCCCCACCCCCAUCCUGAUGGCUGUUCUUCUCCACCUGCAUAGCAAACUUAUUGGGAGGGUGGGUGCAGAAGGGCAGCAGUGGAACAUGUGUAGAUCCACUGGGCAAAGUAGCUGCAGCAUCUCCCCAAAAUACUCCUGGUCCAUGACACAGCAGCAUACAUUGGGGCCCAGAAGCACAGAGGGUUAGGCUGCAGCUGCUCUGCUCAGCUUACACAAAGCAUUCAGACAUUGGAUGUUUUUGUAGUGUCUGUUGCUGAUUCAGAGUUGAUUUCUAUUUCCGGGGUUCAUUACUUUGAAAUGCUUCUGCGGUGGUGCUGGCUGGCUUUGACACAUAUCAAGCCCUGCAUCUGUAGCCUUGUCCUUCCAGCAUCGGCUACCAUAAAUAUAGCGGGAGUGGGUGGCACUGGGGUCUAAACCACUGAGCCUCUUCGGCUUGCUGAUCAGGAGGUCGGAGGUUCAAAUCGACACGACGGUGGUGAGCUCUGUCCCGGCUCCUGCCAACCUAGCAGUUCGAAAGCACGCCAGUGCAAGUAGAUAAAUAGCAGCGGGAAGGUAAACGGUGUUUCUGUGCACUCUGGUUUCCAUCACAGUGUCCCGUUGCGCCAAAAGCGGUUUAGUCAUGCUGGCCACAUGACCCAGAAAGCUGUCUGUGGACAAAUGCCAGCUCCCUCGGCCAGUAAAGCGAGAUGAGCGCCGCACCCCAUAGUCGGCUUUGACUGGACUUAACCAUCUAGGGGUCCUUUACCUUUACUAUAAAUAUGCAGGAAGGACCAGUGGCUUUGGGUUUUUUAAAAACUCUGGCCUACUGAGCUGGGAAGCAGCUGUUAGCACAGUAAAGAGGGCAGACUUGACGCAAUGCUUUAGGGAGACGCCUGGGCCAUUCUGCUCCUAGCCAGGAGUGCCGCAGGCUGCCCUUUCAUGCUUUCGUCUGCCCUGUGUGUCUGGUUAUGUCCCUCAGUUUGCUUUUGCCUCCUGCGCAUUUAAUCCAUUCUUUUUUAAAAAAAUCUGGGAUGUAGCAGCUCCCUCCAUUUUGAUUUUCAGAUGGGAGGGGAAUUCUACCAUCUGAAACCACGUAGCCAUAUACACAGGAAACACCAGCAUUUGGAAAAAACAAAAACCUAGUAAGAAAAGGGAAAAUAAAUGAUGCAAUGCAUGCAUGAACGCAGUAGAUACGAGGUUGAAUCCACCAAAAUCGCUGCUCGCAUGGGAUGUCUUUGGCAACACAACAGAACUUCCCCUGCCUCUGUGUACCUUCUGCACUGCCAAUAUCCGCAGCAGAGGCUUGGGGGGGGGUGGAUGCCCAAGGAGAUUUGGGGUGUGUGGAAAGGGAGGGAAGUUCCCUUGUGCCUGCAUCUGUUUUCUAAUGGUAAUAAUGCAGAAUUGAUCUGCAGUGAGCUUUUAUUUCUGGAAUUUAAACUAGUUUGUCAAGUAGCACUUUUCAGGGGCAAAAAUAUACAACGUAGCUAGCUAGUGUGGGGAGUUCGUAGGGGAGGAAAAAGAACUCAGUCUCCAUGGAUUCUAGAAUAAAAUAAUGUGUAUUCAGCCUUAGUGUUGUGUGUCUGCACUCGCCAUAAUUAUAGGCUGGAACCUGUAUGAAACAAAAGAAUCACUGCUGACCUUCUCAAUUCCACACAAAGGAAUUUGGCUAACCACCCCCCCCAAGCAUUACACUCACAAAGUUGCAAUGGGAAAGGAGGCCCCCAAAACAUUUUUUCUCUCUGAUCUGAUUGUUUCAGUUUUAACAAUGGCAUUAGGAACAUUUUAAAAGCCUCUUUGUCAAAUACAAAAAAACAACAACCAUCCAGAUAACAAAAAUCAAAGAGUCGAACUGACAGAGCAAUCAAGGAGAGUAACCAAUGACAGGAGUGAUAGCUAUCAGUUAUCACCACCUUCCUCCCCUCCUGGGGGAGAUCCCUCUUGUCUCUGCAUGUAACCCUUUCUUGGUUAUAUGGCUUGGCCCCUAAAACCUUGGGCUGCUUCAGACUCCCAAGAAGGGAGGGAAUUCCCUGCAGAAGCUCCCGAUCCUGCCUUCUGCUGUCCUAUUUGGACUUGCAAAACUGCCCUGCAGCAUUGAAAGAAAAGAGAGAGAAAUCCUCAUUGGAAUUUGUCCGAGAAUCAGUAGAAACAGCUGGAGGCAAAAUACAUUCAUUCUGUCACUUGAAGCUGCAAUCCCUGAUAAGCGACACUCCUUAAGACAACCAGAGAGACAAAAGAAACUUUCUCCUGUUCAGGCUUAAAGUUUGCAAGUUUGGCAGCUCCCACUGUUUUCUUUUUAAUGUAAUAGUUGCUGGUGUUUCCCUCCAAGGAUGCUCUUUGAACAGGAAGUGUUGGCCUGCCUCUUGAAAAAUGACAAGGGGAGCCUCUCGCUGGCUUGGUCCAAAGUUUGACCCUGCAGGCUGAAAUCUCCAUAGGGUUUUCUACGUGGCUUUUCAAUUCCUAGGGCAAGAAGGCAGCCCUGAGGGUAACUGAUUCCGGCCCUCUGCCCUGAGAGACAGGGGUUCCUAGAUCUAGUCUCUUCAAAACUCCUCUGGCCUUGGAUACUUCAAAAGGGAGAGACCACAGCUUCCCCCAAGUGGUGUACACAGGCACUGUUCAGCCGUCCUCAGGCUCAGUUCCAGAAAGAGCUGGCGAUCUCCUAGCAUUCGCUCUCAAUACUGUAAUACUAGUAAGAAAAGGAAAGGGGAACACAAAAAAAACUUGGCUUUGUGUCGGCUCUGGAGAGUUCCACCCAGUUCCUUUUGCACCUGGAAAGGUUUGGCAGGCUGCUGCUGUGCAGGUGAAACCCACACCCCAAACUCUGGCAUUGUCCCAGACACAGGGGUGGGCUGGGGGGACGGACCCAACCUGCAGCCUACACUGAAGUGUUCCUCUGAGCAUGAUAAGUUGGCGAAGCUUGCAGCAUGUCCGGCAAGCUCUGUCCAGCUGACAACUCCGAACCCGCUCCAGUUCCUGGUAAAGUUGCAGGGUACCUCAGGGCUUGCUCGUAGGGUGGCGGUAACUGUAAAAAAUAAGAAGCAGCUUGUUAUAUCACCUCCUGAGAGAACCACAAACGGCUCUGCCCACUUUGGCCUAUGCAAAUGUUUUUUUACGGAAUGCGUUUGCCAAGGCUCAGUUAUUGUGCCAGCUUCACCCACCAGCCUCCACCACACCUACUUUGCCCAACGUCCACACACCAGUGAGCUUGGGUUCCACGAGCCUCACCCCUUAUGCAACUGCAUCGCACAAUUCACGGCCCACAGGUGUGCUCCUGAGGCAGAAGCUGAGCUGAUUUGCUUCCAUGGUGUCUUCCAAAGCAGUGCUGACAAAGAGCUGCACUGUUUGUUCAUACUACAGUGGUACCUCAGGUUAAGAACGUAAUUCAUUCCGGAGGUCCAUUCUUAACCUGAAACUGUUCUUAACCUGAAGCACCACUUUAGCUAAUGGGGCCUCCUGCUGCUGCCGUGCCACCGGAGCCCGAUUUCUGUUCUUAUUCUGAAGCAAAGUUCUUAACCUGAGGCACUAUUUCCGGGUUAGCGGAGUGUGUAACCUGAAGCGUAUGUAACCUGAAGCGUAUGUAACCCGAGUAUGUAACUCUGGUUACGAACUUAAUUCGUUCCAGAGGUCCGUUCUUAACCUGAAACUGUUCUUAACCUGAGACACCACUUUAGCUAAUGGGGCCUCCUGCUGCCGUCGCCGUGCGAUUUCUGUUCUCAUCCUGAAGCAAAGUUCUUAACUAUUUCUGGGUUAGCGGAGUCUGUAACCUGAAGCGUGUGUAACCUGAAGCGUCUGUAACCCGAGGUACCACUGUAUUAGAUUCUAUGUCCUGCCUCUCCUCCAAGGAGUUCAGACGCAUGCCGCCAUUUUAUCCUCCUAACCAACCGUGUGCGGUAGAUUUGGCCGAGAGACAACAACUGGUCCCAGCUCCCCCAGGGAGCUUAAUGGCCGAGUGGAGACUUGAAUUAGGGUCUCCCAAAUCCCAAGCCUUGUUAAAAGCAAGGUGUGGUGAUAUUGGCUCUGGUUUACGGGAAUGGGUUAGAACCUCAGAAAUAAUGAGCUGACAUACAGCUGUCUCCCGUUAAGGUUUCAAGGCCGGUGUCACAAGUUAAUUAGACCCAUGGUCUAAGUUCCCAUAAAACCUGGGUUGCUGGGAGUUCUCGGCAGCCAGCCAAGCAGGCUUUGGGGCUUUUGAAAGCAUCUUGUUCCGUUGCUCAGCCUACUGAGAUUUAGGUGUGUUAAUUUAGGUGUGUUUAUGUUAAUUACCUGGAUAAGUUAGUUUUGCUGUUUUCUUACCUUCUGAGCUAUGUUAAUCUGUGUAAUUAUUUGGAGUUUCCCCCUCUCUUGUGGAGUUUUGUUUUAGUAAAAGUUUGCGUAUGAUUUUAUGAAAUGUGGUCUGAUCUGAGCUGAACCCUUUCAUUUCGACCACACUUUUCGGAGCACGGGUCAUCAUCCACCACAAACAGCUAUAGCAGCCUUCAUAUUGGAUGGAUUCCCGCCCUAAAUUGAUUUUUGAAUUCAGAAUUUAUUGUUAUUUAUGUUUUAUACUGUAUUUUAUGCUGUUUUUUGUUGCAUCAAUUAAGUGUU